AUGGAAGCCGAUCCGACCCUGAACGAGUCUGAAGCACUUGACUUCGAAAAUGAGGAACAGAUCGAAGUUCGAUUCACCACUAAGCUGACCGAUCCCGCGCUUCAAGUCGAGGACACCCCCUUCUUCGUUCCCCUCCGGCUUGCGCGCCACGGUCUCUCCGAGAUUAUCAAUUCAUUGCUUGAUUUGGAUCCGCCCCGCCUGUUCGAUUUUCUGAUUAACAACCAAUUCUUGCGCACAUCCCUGCUCACCUACGUGCAGCAACGAAAUGUCAACCGAGAAGAGACGCUCGCAAUCGAAUACACGGAAGUUAUGCCUGAGCCGGAACACAAGCAGGACCUCCCGCACGACGACUGGGUGGCUUGCGUGGCCGCUGGCGGCAACCCGUACAUUGUGUCUGGUUCGUUCGAUCAGCAGGCGCGCUUGUGGAAUGCGGAAGGUGAGUGCGUUGCGGUGCUGAGCGGCCACACUGGCCCCGUGAAGGGAGUUGCGUGGAUGUCAAAGCCCACUGCGGAGAGUGCGUCCUUUGUCACCGCUUCACAAGACUUCUCUCUGUUCCACUGGAAGGUGGAUACCACCAACAAAACGAACGAAGCGAUCAACAAGUAUGUCGGACACACUGGCUCGGUCGAGUGUGUGGCCGUGGAGCCGACGUUCGAAAGAUUUUGCAGCGGUUCGUGGGAUCAUUCGAUCAAGCUUUGGUACCCCAACUCAACGCCGGCGGAGGAAGAGAAGUCGGAGGUAAAGGACAUCGAGAUCAAGAAAUCGGCGAAGAAGAAGGCCAAGGUCACCGCUGAAGUUGCCAAGAAGGGCUCUAUCCGUACUCUGCUGGGUCACACGCUCUGCGUGUCUUCCGUAGCAUGGCCCACGCCGUACAACAUCUACAGUGGCUCGUGGGACCACUCGCUGCGCCAGUGGGACGUUGAGACCGGAAUCGCUACGCGAGUCAUGGCCGGCGACAAGGUCGUAAGCAGCAUCUCCUACUCUACUUCGGUCGGUCUUCUCGCCUCAGGCCACAACGACAAGGUCGUUCGCAUCUGGGAUCCACGAUCUUCCGAUGCCGUGGUAAAGGACCGGUUGAUCUCGCACAAGCUGUGGGUGUCGAGCGUGGCCUGGCACCCGACGUCCAGCCUGCUCCUCACGGGUUCGCACGACGGGACGAUCAAGGUGUGGGACGCGCGCAGCCGGAUUCCGCUCCACACCCUGCCCGGCCAGCACAAGGGCAAGGUGCUCUGCGUGGCGUGGGACGGCGAUCGGAUCGUCAGCGGCGGCGCCGACAACGUCAUCAAUAUCCACAAGGCCCUCGGUUCUGCUUGA